UCACUGAGGGACUCCAUCCCUGGACUGGAAGCUACAGGUGGGACUUUUGUAUCCAGGUCUCCCAGCCCUGGGACAGGGAUGCAUGGAUAAAGUGGAGAGAAGCAGACUGGAAUGGUGCAGAGGUUAUCCUGCCAACAACCCCAAGCCCCCAGCUGCAUGAUAAUGUAGAAUAGCGAGCAGUUUCCCAGACAGCCUCACUCCCCAAAGACAGACUUCUUCCAGUCCCUCCUUAUGCCAAGGGAAAGAAAAUCAAAAAAAGCAGGAGCACGGAAAGAAAAAUUGCACUACUCCCAGGAGCCAAGGACAAGCCCCCUCCCAUCCUCUGAUCUGACCCCAUAACCGUCCACAGCCAAGUCCUGGGCUCAUCUCUAGAGGCACAUGGACCCAGGCAGAUGAGCCCUUGAAUCACAAUCGGCUCCUCAAAAGCAUCCUAUGGGUGUCAGUCCUGAGUCCAUGAAUCGGAGGUGCUCUGCACAGCUAUUCAGAGAAGCCUUCUCUUGAUCUCUGUCAAAGAUCUCUGUGUUGGAUGUCAGAGGAGGGUGUCCACCCAGUAUCAGUCCUGGGACUGUGGCCCUCUAAUAUGUUAGCCCAUGUGAACCUCCCCACAGAGCGCCACCUCUCCUUGUGCAACUCCUCCUUGAUCGCCUUCUAUAGGAAGAUAUUUAGAGUCCCUUGCACGAGGCAGCGAAAAUGGCACACAGCUGAGGGUGGUAGACAAAGCUGGGAACACAUCAAAUAUUGAGUUGGUGUGAGGCUCCCUAAGCCAUGCUUGGGCCGGUCUGUGCCAGCGAUCCCAUAAGUCCCUUUGAUUCUCCCCAUGUACACAGCAAGAACCAAUUGCCAGGCCUACCCUCUGCCCAGAGCAAAGGGAGAUUGGGACUUGGAUUCCAACCUUGGCCAUUAUUGUAAUACCUGACCUUGUAGCCCUUGCUCCCUUUGGGGCUCAACAGUCCCCCCAAAUGUAGACAGCAAUGUCUAGAUGGUGUUCACAGCUUUUCUUGCCUGAAACUGUGCUGUGUUUGAUACUACAAACCAGGAAGUAGGGACUUGAACUUGAGAUCACUGACUCAGGCUAGGGAGGACUCCAGGGCACCUGAGCUCAGCUGCAAAGGCAGAAGCUGAACAACAGUGAGCAGAGGUGGCACAUUUUCCUGUUUCUUUCCUUUUCUGCUCUCAGGUCUUUCAAUGAACUCCACAGAUGAGGAUCUUUCCUCCCAGGCUUAGUGUCUGCAGCCAUGAGGGUCCUCUCCAGGGGAUUCAAAACCCCAGAAGAGUCUUCAGAAGGAAAGUGCUACACACUGCUCUGCCCCCAGCACUCUGAAAAACAGAGACCCUUUCUGGGCUUGGGCCAGUCAGUGCUCAAUAGUUAGCUUCUGGCUGCACUGGCUGCUCACAAAUAACACAGCUGCCUCGGUCCUGUGACCUGGCUCUCACAGACUGUGAUUGAGAAUUUAUUUCAACUGUGUCAGCACAGCCACUCUGUUCCUUCUGGUCCCAAGUUGCACAGAGCUCCUUGUCCUCAUACACGCCUGUUCCAUCACUGGACCUUAAUAUUUAAAGUGAGCCCUACACUCAGGAUGGACUUGGUUUUCUAUACAUCAUGCCAACCUCUGUGUGAGAGGAAGUGUCUGCAUGUAUAUGCAUACCCCCUUAUGUGCCUAGGUGUCCAUGCAUACCACUACCCCAUGUCCUGUCAGGGGCCAUCCUCUGGACAGGUCCUCACGCCUGCAUGUCAGACCACCUGUCUUCAAGCCCCAACCCCUCCCCACUGCACAGAUGCUGAGCUUGUGGGCUUUGCUGAUGCAUCCAACAUUGAUGGGGGUUUUGGGGAUUCAAACUCAAGUCCUCACCCUUGGGAGGCAAGUGCUCUGCCUAUCCCUGCAGCUUUGUCUCAGGUGUUUGAUGAUAAACUAGAGCCUUUCUGAGGAUUUAUGAGAACAGUGUCAUCUUGAUGGGUCAGUUUAGGAACACAGCUUUGUCUUUUUUCAUUUUUUAAAAUAUGUACCAUCAGUUUUAGGCUAAUCAUUCAGAAUUCAAAGAAAAAGUGACACAGCGAGCAUAGACAUGAGGACUUUAAAGCAGGGGGCACAGCAAAUAUUCAAAACAGAGAACUGAGGAGAGGUAAACAUCUUACAGGCUUUGAUUUCUAAAAGCCUAGUCUCUCCAUAGCCCACAGAAGCCAGAGCCUUGAAGCCCUUCCCAACCAUGUCAUGACAGGUCCUAUUGUGACCUCAUGAGGAGCGACUGUGAGGAGGUCCAGCCAACAGAUGUUAAGCUGUAGCCAGGCCUGGAUUUCUUUGAGUGCUUUGAGAGGAGGUGUGGAGUGGAGCCCUCUGCGACUUGGUUUUAUCUAGUGAGCUGUGUGUGGUUGUAUCGGAUUUUACUGUACUGUGUAUAUGUGUAUGUGUCUAUGUGUGUAGGAUGAUGUGUGUUGACAGAUUUGCUUGUGUGUGACUGUGUGUACACUUUCGCCCGUGUUUGUCAGUAUAUGUAGGAGUGUGUGAGUUUACAGGUUUGUGUGUAUGUGUUUGUAUGUGUGUACGUUUUCUUGUGCAUGUGUGUGUCCCUGUGUGUAUGUUUGUGUGUGUCUGUGAUGUGCGUUUUUAUUGGUGUGCUUGUGUGUAAGUAUGUGUGUACCUGUUCAUAUGUGAUUGGGUUUUGUGUGAAUCUGGGUGUUUGUAAGAGUUUGUCUGUGUGAGUAUAAGUACACUUUUGUGUAUUUCUGUGUGUGCUUCUGUGUGUGCCUAUGUGUGUGUGUGUGUGUGUGUGUGUGUGUGUGUGUGUGUGUGUGUGUGUGUACACACGUUCCCAUCCCCUUUUGCCCCUUCUUGUAUCUAUAUUACCUUCACCUCAGUGCAAGCGAGUUUAGAGGCCAGAAAUCAGCCCGGGCUCCUGUUCCUAAGGUAGCAUUAGUACUGAUAAAAUGCCUACAGAGACUGAGAAGGAGUUACCCCCUCCUAGGCCCGAUCCCAGUAUCUCUCAGGAGGGAACCUUUCAUUCCCAAUAUAAAGUACUGAAGACUAUUGGAAAAGGAAGCCAUGCCAAGGUCCUCCUGGCCCACCACCAGCUCACAGGAACCCCAGUGGCGGUCAAAGUUCUCCGAAAGAACAAGCAGUGGUUCCAGCCAGCCAUGACAGAAGCAAACAUAAUGAGGAAGAUCAACCACCCCAACAUUGUUUCUCUCUUACAAGUCAUUGAAAACAAAACUAGAAUAUACCUCAUAAUGGAGCUGGUGGAAGGCCAAGAACUCUACCAGUACAUCAGAGAGUCAGGGCACAAAGAGCAGGAUGAGGCCCAGCAAAUAUUUGAACAGAUAUUGUCAGCAGUGAGCUACUGCCAUGGAAAGGGGAUUGUUCACCGAGACCUGAAAGUGGACAAUAUAAUGAUCAAUAAAAACAAAAAGGUCAAAGUCAUCGACUUUCAGCUUAGCACCGAAACACAACCUGGACAUAUGCUAAACCAGCACUGCGGUGCGUACUCUUUUGGUUCCCCGGAACUCUUCCUUGGACUUCUGUAUGACGGGAUGAAGAAUGACAUGUGGACAAUAGGAGUGGUCUUGUAUUAUAUGGUAGUGGGAAAGCUUCCAUUUGAUUCAGUGAUCAUCCAAGAAUUACAAAUACAAGUUGUUGCAGGGGUGUAUCCUACCCCCUGUGGGGUUUCAGAAGAACUGGAGAACCUCCUUACUCAAUUACUAACAGUAAAUCCAAUGUAUAGACCAACAGCCAGUGAGGUGGUGAAACAUGCCUGGUUCAAAGAACACGGGAAGGGGUUCACAGGUCGUUGUGAAGAACUGCUUCCCCUCAGGCCAGACCCUGAAAUUUUGGGUGCGAUGAAAUGCAUUGGAUUUCAAGCCUCUGUAAUAAAAUACUCCCUAAUAAAAAGAAAAUAUAAUGAGGAAAUGGCAACUUAUUACUUCCUACAACAGCAGGCCCUCCCGGGGUAUGGCUGCACAGCCCAGGCACAGCAAGUGCGUCCCAUUGCAGCCCCAUUUCCUAGCCUUGAUCCUGCAGGUGCUUUUAGAUUACAAAGAAAGAGGAGUGGAAGCCUGCCAGUCCUUGGCACCUUGCAGGUGUCAUUCUCCCACAGUCAAGUAUAUCAGUAUGGCCAGAAGGCUCAUCCAAAAGGAGGAAGAAGGUCAACUGUGCCUGGUCCUCUCAGGGCACUACCACUAUCACAAAAGUGCCAUGAGUGUCCCAUGCAUUCAAACAACAAGCAUCUUCAGUGAGAAGAGUAGCAACAAGGAAAUAAAGAAGAUAAUCUACUCUCCCACAGAGCCCCAUUAGAGGAUAAGCCCAUCUCCAGCAGGGUCCGGCACAGAGGUUUUAAUGUGUGGACCAUGAAUAUAGCAAAUGCCCUGAUUAAUCUUUGUUGCUGCUUGCCAAGGAGAAAGAAACCUCGCCUGGGGCAGAACAGCAUUUCACCCGAGAAAUGAGCCUCAGGGAGAGUCCAGAGAACAAGCAGCAGGCAUAGCCCAGUGCCAUCUUGAAAUUCUGUCAUAUCCUGUGUGUAAACAGGUGGUGAUUUCAGACACAUGGCCAAUGAAAAGACACCAGAAGAAGCUACAGCACCAACAGGAGUAACAGCAAUAGCACCAGCAGCAUUAGCAGUAGCAGAAGGAGGAAGAGGAGGAAGAGGAGGAGGAGGAGGAGUAGGCAGAGCAUGAGGAGGAGGCAGAGCAGGAGGAGGAGGAGAAAAAUCUGGAGGAGAAGGAAUAGGAGAAGUGGAAUAGGAGGAGAAGAAGGAGGAGGAGAAGGAGGAGGAGGGGUAGGAGGAGGAGGAAGAGGAGGAGGACUUUGCUUCCCUGUCCUGGGAUAAUUGCUGAAUGACUUCUUUUGGAGACAGAUACUAUGCUGAGCAAUGUUUAUGAAACAAAUUAUCAGAAUAUUAACCAUUCAUAGAAGACAUGUCAAUAUUCCUGAAGAGGAUCACCCCUGGAAGACAGAGUUAGAUGGCAGUGCAAGCUGUGCGGAAAGUCCUUAAUGAGGACGACUUUCUCAAAGCUGAUGAUGUAAUAGUUCUGAAGGAGCAUUUUGUGGGAGUCAGGGUCCCAUCUACCUCUGUCUGGGCACACAGAGCUCCUGGCCUUGCAUCCUGCCUGAGAGGUGACCUGGAUUAUUGGCUUCCCUGGUCCACACAGGGUCCUGGAUUUCUUGGUUGCCCCUCAUUCCUGGUCUACCCUGUGCCCCAUGGUGUUUGCAGCUUCUAUGGGCUGAAUUUAAUCAGUGAUUCACUGGAGCUGGAUCUGAACCCAAACCACAGGGAAGCCCUGGGCACUGAGGACAAUAAGAGCAACAGACAACAUCUCCUCCACUGCUUCUCUCUCUGCUCCACAAGGCAAGGCAGCUCUCACACAGGAGGCAUCCAGCCUAACUCCCAGCAGGGAGAGUGUGAGAUGUCUGUGGAUGAGCCCACAUUACAGUACGAUUCUGUGGGAAGACAUCUGGUAGCUUCUGGUGCAGCUGCAGCAGUCAGGACACAUGGAACUACAGUGGAGGUGAGCUAUAGGACCAGGUAGCAAAGAGUCUGAUCUGGCCAAUGCUGAUCUGAAUCCCUGGGUGCUCAGGGCUAUAAUGAAUGCCAGUCAUGGGCAUGCAAUGUGUCACUAACAAUGUGUGUGACCACAUUCUGAAAGUCUUGUCCAGAAAAAAACAAGUGGUCUUGAGCACUGAGGUUCAGUCCCGACUCAUGGGGUACAGGAUAGCAGAUUGAUCUGAGUAUGAAAUCGCAUGAAUAUGCCCUCUGGCUGCUCCCUGGGCUCAGGAUAGAUGGGCCCUGAGAAGGCACCAUUCAUGGGUCCGCAGGAGUAGGGGAGAGCUUGGCAUUCAUGAGGCACUCCUAACCCUUACUUGAGCCACACUGGGGAGGAGAUGGCAUCAUUUGUGAGAUGGGCUUAUGUGGGACACUAUGCUUCGAU